CUUCGACAUUGCAGACGACUACGGACUGACUGGUCUACAAAUCACCUUGCAUCAUAAAUAACUACUCAUUAUUAUUUGUAGAUCAGUCAAUCGGCCACCAUUUACCCACAAUGCAUCAUUGAUUUGAUGCUCUCGAACACGGCCAUGGACUUUAAAGGCUGAGACGGUUUAAAAGCGCUAACAAUUUUUUAAGUAUUUGCCUUGAGUACGCAGCUGUCAUAAGCCGAAUGAAACAGCUAACGUGGAAGCGUAGCCUAGUGUCACACGAUUUUCAGGCCUCGUCCAAUGGAAGAUGGUGUAGCUAGUUCCGUAAUCUCUAAACCUCAUCUGACAGCUACGGCAAAAGCGGGAUAUUUUCUCGAUUGAAGGGAAUAUAUGGGAUCGCAAGUUUUUCAACAGAAGAUGAAACACAUUAGAAACUUUGUUUGAAAGAGAGCAACCCGGCUCUACGUAUUUUACUGGUUUGUGACUGACUGACACCGCCCCCGGUUAGAGUGGAAUAAAGCAGCCCAAGAGUUGACACACAGGGAAUUUGUGUUCACACACAGGAGAAGAUGAACAUGGGGAUGGUUCUGAAAGUUUCAUCGGAUGAGAUGAGUGGGGGGCAGGGUGGUGACGAGGUGCUGGUGUCCCAGGCGGUGUGGGACUACCUGGCCGCCGCCGGCCAGCCCUGGCUCAUAGACUUUCAGGACAAGCAGGGCUUGAGUGCCGGCAUCAUCCGCCGAGGGGAGCGGGGAGGCUGCUGCGCGGUGCGGCUACGGCCCGUAGAGGGAUCCCGUUCUGGGGGAGGACCCAGGAUGAUGGACGAAGGACCAAUCUCCAACGAGACCCGCAAGGCCUUCAUAGACUUAUGCCGCUGCGCCCGGAAAGAGAUGAGCAAACAGGAGACGGGUCCUAAGCGGAAGAGGUCCCUGCUGCCCUGUGUUGGGGUGGGGGUCCUGGAGGGGGGUGGAGAGGGCAGCCUGCUACCACCUCAGCCUCCCCAGCCUAGACGCUCUCAGAGGCAGCAACAGAGGUAUAAGAAGCCAGCGGAGGAUGAGGCCUGUAUGGUCCUCUCCAACUCCAUGAACUCCAUGUCCCACAAUGCAUCAGGACAAAGGAAGCAGGACAACAUGGAGGUCAGCUGCAGUAUGAUGGCCUCCUCUCAUAACCACUCCCACAGUGAAGCAGAUGACUACACCUCAUGCUCCAUCUGCAUGGGCGACAUGGUGGAGAGGACGACGCUGGAGAGGUGUGGCCACGCAUUCUGCCGGUUGUGUCUGGACCAGGCCUUCAAGGUGAAGAGAGCGUGUCCUGUGUGUCGUCAGGUGUACGGCCAGCUCAUAGGGAACCAGCCAGCUACCGGGAGUAUGAUGGUGGAUAGAGAGCCAGAUCUGGAGUUGCCGGGACACGAGGGCUACGGGUGUAUCUGCAUCAUCUACAGCUUCCCACCUGGUCUACAGGCGCCAGAGCACCCUAACCCGGGGGUGAGGCACCCUGGGACGUACCGCGUGGCUUACCUCCCAGACAGUCCAGAGGGGAACCGGGUCCUGGGCCUGCUCCGCCGGGCCUUCGAACAGCGCCUCAUCUUCACCAUUGGGACCUCCAUGACCACAGGAAUGCAUAACGUCAUUACCUGGAACGACAUCCACCACAAGACCUCCAUAUGGGGCGGAACAUACUGCUUUGGCUACCCAGACCCCACUUACCUGGUGAGAGUGACCGAGGAACUCAGAGAGAAAGGCAUCACUGCAGACUGAACCUACAGAUUCUAGAAUGAUUCUUCUAGGAACCUCUGGCUGUCCUGUCCUGUCCCGCUGCUGAUGGAUGCUAGGCUGCAGGCUCCUUGACCUAGACCCAGCAGGGCAGCGGAUGAAUACGAGAUGUGACUGGGCCCCACAGCAAGCCACAGGAGUACGGCCCAGUGGAGGCCCACUUUAUGGGGGGAAUCCUAACUUCCACUUCAGUCGAAUUUUCAAUUAAUCAUGCAUUGAUGUCAAUGGGAGACCAUUCGACUGAAGUGGAAAUGAAAAUGUGUCUAAAGUGGAAUUUAGGCUUCACCCUUAUGUUCCUAUGUUAGUUAUGUAUCUUCUGAGUUCAGCUCAACCCAGCAGCACUUUGUGUGGAAGAAAACAUUCAAAUGAGUGCAGUGCAUUCUCUAUGUGAGCUGUUUUUGGCUGCACUCAUCCGGGUAUUUAUCAUAUAGUGAUUCAUAAUGUGGAGGUACAUACUACUUAAAUAUUAUUUUGAAACCUAUAUUAAUGCUUAUUCCCAUGCUGGGACACACGUUCUUUAUUUACCUGUUAAAAGCACACAUGAUUUGUGGUCUGUCCAGUACGUUCAUUGAAUAAUUAUAUUUUUCUUUAUAUAAUUAUGUUAAUGAUAACCUUUUACUUACACUGUAUUAAGACAGUACCCGAGAUAGUUGGUGGCAGGCAGAAUAGUACUGUCUGCUUCAAUAGAAAGCUUCUAAAGAAAUAAUGUAAUUUCUCUAAAAUGCGUUGCAAUCUAAAGCACUCAGCCACUUUGGCAAGGAGGGAGUGAGUCUGUCAGUUGUUCAGUCAGUAUUGGAGGGCGAGUUGUUCUCUGCAUAGAAUAAGAAUGAUCCUUUAGAAUUAGAAUGAUCAUUCUAAUUCUAUGGUUCUCUGCUUCCACUUCAGGGAACUGGUCGAUGGAAGAGUGCUCUGAGCAAAGCCAGGCAGGCGUUAGUCGUUAGCAGUCGUGAAGCUAAUAGCCUGGUAGCUAUAAGUUGAUGUCAAUUUGCUUAGAGCCCUUCAUUUCCCUUUUGAUCUUCCUCUCCUUUGAUUUCUUCUCCUUUUUACUUAAAUGGGAAGAAUGUUUUCUAUUUGAUGUCUCUGCUGCACCGUUCGGUUCUAGCUGAUGAUGCAGGAAUGUCCAGAUAGACUGACUACUAAGUAUGAGGUUCAUUGUCAUUCCUGACCGUCCCUUGCGCUCUCUCUCCUCUGUUGUUUCUCUACUCUAAGACGUUAUCCCUCCCAGGACCAGGGCCUGUAUUCACAAAGUGUUUCAGAGCAGGAGUGCUGAUUUAGGAUCAGUGUGGCCUUUUUAAAUCAUAAUGAAUUAGUAGAGACCCUGAUCCUAGAUCAGCACUCAGACUCUGAGAAGCUUAAUGAAUAGGAGAGCAGGUUUUGACCUGAGUUCAGUUCAGUUUGAUGUCCAGUCAGUCAGUCAGCCAGUCAGCACUCCUCAUUUUCUAAUGACCAGAUUUACUUGAUGAUGUCAAAGGAGAAGGGCGUGAUGUCGAACCACUUAAACCAAAUCAAAUGCACAAUAGGGCUGUAUAAUUAUUACCUCUGCCCCUGGCUGUGUCUAAAAUGGCACCCUAUUCCCUAAAUAGUGCAAAAGUGCCCGUAGUGCACUAUAUAGGAGCCAUAGGACUCUGGUCCAAUGUAGUGUAGGGAAUAGGGUGCCAUUUUGGACGCAAGCCCUCUCUUACCAGGAGACGUUGUUUGAUGAUUGUCUCAUAAAUAAUGAGGUAUCUAUCUGCUGUAAUUCACAUUUGUCUUCUAAAGGAAUAAUCUAGGAUUAACAAAAUAGGUACCCGUAAUAUGAAAAUGUUGAGGACAAUCCUGAAGUCCCUUAUAGCGGUAUUGUCGGUGAUGUAUUUAGUUCCCUUGUUUUGAUACUUUUAUCUAAUUGUCUAUUCAAGUUUGAAGGCAGUGGAUCAUGUUGAUAUUAAUUCAUGAUAAGUAUGUCUUUAGUAGACUGUCAAAUUGUUAUUUGGGGGGUCUAUAUAUAUAUUUAUUAUUAUAUAUAUAUAUAAUAUGUAUACUGAUGUGUAUCUGCAUGAGUUUUUCAGUUAUAAACAGUCAAUGUAGUCCAACAACGUAGCCUCACUCACAAAUGAUCAAGCUGUGUGUGAAAGAGUCAUUUUGCAAAGUGAUCUUUUGAUGAGAAGAAUAUGCAUAUAGGUAGUCUAGCGCAGGGCUCUCUAACCCUGUUCGUGGAGAGCUACCCUCCUGUAGGUUGUAACUAACCUGAUUCAGCUUAUCAACUGGCUAAUUAUUAGAAUCCGGUGUGCUAGAUUAGGGUUGGCGUGAACCUACAGAACGGUAGCUCUCCAGGAACGGUGUUUGAGAGCCCUGGUCUGGUGACUGUAGUCUGUGUUAACGUCUCCUAUGAAUUUGUUUGCAGUCAGAUGUGAAAGAAUAUACUAUGCCCAUACAUUCAUUAAAAAUCCCUUUCCUUGACUGUAUCCCAAAUGGCACCCUAUUCCCUAUAGAGUGCGCUAUAGGGCUCUGGUCAAAACUAGUGCACUAUAUAGAGAAUAGGGUGGUCAUAAGUACACUAUUUAGGAAAUAGUGUGCCAUUUGGGACGUAGACCUUUUUUUCCCAUCACCUCUGUUUUGUAUUUUUCGUUUAGGGACCAACUGAAAUAUCUUUGGGAGACAUGAAUAGUAGUUUAAAUCAAGCUACCGUGCAAAUAUUUCUAUGCAGUAAACUAAGUGAACUGGGUGUUGGGGUACAGGGGAAUAAAUAAAUACUGAAAAUAAUUUCACAUUGCAAAUUGAUUGUUAAAACGAAAGUUCAAGUUUUGCUUUUCUAAUUGUGUUGAUUCGUAUUUUAUGAGUCUGUUGAUAUUCAAAAAUAAUGAGGUUUACAUUUUAAUACUUGAAUAAAGGUUGUGUUCUGUU